AUGACAAGGCAAAAUGACUCCUUGCUCAACAAGACAAAUUCUGCCGCUGCCAAUAAUUCAGCUUCCCAACAGGUAACGAAUGGAGUUAUUGUGCCCAAUAAUGGUGGUAAAAUUGCAACAAUUGAUAUGCCGGUGCAUUGUUUUGAUGUGAUAAUUGCACAUCUAAGCAAAAGUAAAUUGCCAAAAUGCCCAAAUAAUGUUCCAAAUGAAAAUUUUCCUUUAUUUGUAACUUGGAAGAAAGGCCACCAACGCCAUCUUCGAGGAUGUAUUGGAACUUUCUCGCAAAAUUUGCCACUUCAUGAAGGACUCAGCGAGUAUGCUCAUACAAGUGCCUUCCGCGAUUCCCGAUUUGAUCCAAUCACUCUACACGAGAUGCCCCAUUUGCAUUGUGCUGUGUCUUUAUUGGUUUGUUUUGAACCAGCCCGCCAUUAUCGUGAUUGGCUUAUAGGAAUCCAUGGAAUACGAAUUGAAUAUCGACAACAUCACCGUUCAAUGAGCGCUGUUUACUUGCCUGAAGUAGCUAGAGAUCAGGGCUGGAAUCACGUUGAGACUGUAAACAAUUUGAUGCGUAAAGGAGGAUUUAAAGGUGAAAUAACUGAAAUGGACAGACAAGCAGUUUUGGUUGAACGUUUCCAAUCCGAGAAAAUGUCUAUAUCAUAUGAGGUUUCUUUAAAGAUUUUUGAGAAAACAGAAGGUAGUCGGUGGGGGAGAGGAGAGGUCGGAGGUUCGAACCCCCUCCGGGUAAUCUUAUUUUUUAAGCUUGUUCUAUUCUUUGGUAAUUUUUAG